AAGGAGGGUGCAAAGUUGUUCUAACAGUUUCCGUUACAGGGGCACCAACUGGCCGCUCCUUCCUAACAGACGAUUUUGUUGAGUUAGCUUCCUUUUAUCUGGUCCUAUUUCCCAUGAAACUGCUUGAGUGAAGGGAGGAGUCCUAGAGGUGUCUCUAAGGUUUCCUUCACCAUCCUCACAAGCCACCUGAGGUAGGGUGGAGUACUGAAGCAAGAUAGAGGUUCCUGGUAGCAAGGAGGGGAAAGUCAAGGGGAUCCCCCACUUUCUUCACACCCAGGACGCAGGGUGCCACUGCUGGCCACACAAACCCCAAAAAGGCUUCUGACUAUUCAUUGAAAACCUACUGUGUACCAGGCACUGUGCUGAGCUGUUGUUGCCUGACAGAAGGGAAAGCGAGGCUCUGGCUUCUGUGAAGAGGCAGCGGGGCACCUUUCAACCACAAGAGCCUCAGCCCACAUUGGGAACUCAGUGAACGGGGCAAGAUGGAACUGGGGCGAGAGCACUGACUCUGAGACUGCAGCUCCGGCGUAUUACUGAAGCCGAGGAAGGGGGCUGGAAGGAAGUCGAAGUGCGAGAAAGAAUUUCUCAGGUGACACCAAGGCGGAAAGAUGCUCCGCAGAAAUAUGCUGAACCGUGGUCCCCGCCCCGCUCGCCCGGAAUCAAUAUGGCCGCCGCCGAGGGAGGUGGGACAACCCCGAGUCCGUGCAGGAGCGGGGCGGAGACGCUAUCGGCGGAGCUAGCACGCAGGCGUGGGCAGCUCCGGACCCGGAUGGAGGUACUGCGGUUUGGUUCCGGCCGGAGCAUUCGGGAUGGACAGGCACAGGAGACCGGGUUACCAGUUUUCGAGUCUUGGAUCUCUGGGAGGGAAGAAAGCUGUCAAACGGAGGCUUAGAGAAAUGAGGCGGAGGCUGCGGAGAAGGGUGGAGCCCCACCUCUCCGCCAUAAAGUCCCCGGGCGCCGCCUCUUCCUUUACGGCCUCCCGCCCUCGCCUGCUUCCGGCCCUGUUCCUAGUCAGAACUCCACUGGCUCCCUCGGGAGUAUCCCUUGGGCCGUGGCUCCUUUGAAAUGAGGGUUGGGGCUGUGUCCCCGGUAGGGACUGUCCGAAAGGAGCAGGCUAGCAUGGGCUUCAGACACGGCUGGGGUGGCCGAAGGCGACUCCAGGCUCGGGACGGCCCGCGAGGCCUUAGGCCCUGAAGAACGCUGAGCGACGCCGCCCCUCUGAAGAUGUUAGUCUUACUCAGAGGGUCUAGUUCAUAGUCUUUUCCAAAUUCUCAGGGCGUACUGUAAGCAUACAGCAAAUACAUGCUGUAUCACUGGAGGAAGUACUGGGCUAGGCCUUGGACUUGGCUUACAAUCCUGUCUGGGAAAGAGCACGUACCCUUUGGUUGUGGGUGAUGUUUCACAGGCAGAGAUGAGGGUCAAGUAGUCGUGGGUGUGUCACUUGGCCCCAGUGAGCCUCAGUUUACACGUCCAUAAAAUGGCGAUGGUAAUUAUACAGUCCUGACAGUCUCUAAUGAGAUCUUUGGAUCCUAUUUAUCUCAUGGGAAAAUAAAAGUGAAACUACUUGAUCUGUAAAUGCCUUGCCAUUAAGAGAGUCUGAUUUGGCAAGGGGCUUGAUGGGAAGUGAGGCUGGAAAAUAGCUGAAAGGGAGAAUUGACUGGCUUUCUUUUGCUUUUACUUGGUUUACCUUAAACUAAGUGGAUACAAGUCUGUGGUCGCUGAGGCCAGAGUUUGACCCUGGAAAGGAAGAAUGCAAGUCUGGUCACGAGGCAGAGAGGUACAAGGAAGAUCAGUCCUGGUACCAGGACACCUGAAUUCCUGGUAGGUGAGAGGAUGUGGCCCCUGGACCCAUACCGGAAAGAGGUGCUGAGGUUUGCGAUAAGAUGCCGUGUCCUGACUCUGAUGCUACAGACAGUGGUGCUUUUAAGUAUUUCCUUGGUGUCCUCACCAGGAGACGGAGCAUUGUGUCAGGCCUUCUUCAAUGCCAUCAUCCCAGAUCAUCAUGCAGAAGCCUUUUCUCCGCCCCGCCUGGCUCCCUCGGGCUGUGUGGACCAGCUUGUAGAAGGUCUUCUGGGUGGCCUCUCUCGCUGGGAUGCUGAACACUUCCUGUUCAUUGCUGAGCAUGGCUACCUCUAUGAGCACAACUUUGCCUUCUUUCCUGGCUUCCCCUUGGCCCUACUGGUAGGGACUGAACUGUUGAGACCCUUGCGGGGGUUACUGAAUCAACGGAGUUGCCUGCUUAUUUCAGUAGCAUCACUCAACUCCUUGUUCUCCAUACUGGCCGCAGUAGCGCUUCAUGACCUGGGCUGUCUAGUUUUGCACUGUCCCCGCCAGGCCUUUUAUGCAGCUCUGCUCUUCUGCCUCAGCCCUGCGAAUGUUUUCCUAGCAGCUGGUUACUCAGAAGCUUUGUUUGCUUUCCUUACAUUUAGCUCUAUGGGGCAACUAGAGAGAGGCCGAGGCUGGAUUAGUGGGCUGCUCUUUGCUCUUGCCACUGGAGUGCGCUCCAAUGGACUGGUCAGUGUUGGCUUCCUCCUGCAUUCUCAGUGCCGAGGCUUUUUCUCUUCUCUUGUGGUGUCAAACCCCCUCAGACAGUUCUUUAAGCUGGUGGCCUCUGUGUGCCUGUCAUUCCUCACACUCAGCCUUCCCUUUGCCCUCUUUCAGUAUUAUGCAUAUACCCAGUUCUGUCUGUCAGGCUCAGCCCGCUCCAUUCGUGAGCCCUUGGUGCAGUUAGCUAUGGACAAGGGCUAUCGGAUUGCAGAGGGGAAUGAACCACCGUGGUGCUCCUGGGAUCUUCCUCUAAUAUACAGCUAUAUCCAGGAUGUUUACUGGAAUGUGGGCUUUCUGAGAUACUAUGAGUUCAAGCAGGUGCCCAAUUUUCUGCUGGCUGCACCAGUGGCUAUAUUGGUUUCCUGGGCAACUUGGACCUAUGUGACCACACACCCUUGGCUCUGCCUUACACUUGGACUGCGAAGGAACAAGAACAGUAAGACUCUAGAGAAGUCCAGUCUCGGCUUCCUCAGUCCACAGGUGUUUGUUUACCUGGUUCACGCUGUAUCUCUGCUGCUGUUUGGAGGUCUGUGCAUGCAUAUUCAGGUUCUCACCAGGCUUUUGGGCUCCUCCACUCCUGUCAUGUACUGGUUUCCAGCUUAUUUACUUCAGGAUCAAGAGCCACUGUUGAGAUCCCCAGAGGUAGUGCCUUGGAUGCCUCUUGUGGAAGACUCCCCAUCUGGACAAAAGGUUCUCAGAAAUUCUGUCAUGGGACUUUUGUACAACUGGAAAACCUGUUCUCCAGUCACACGAUACAUUCUAGGCUACUUCCUGACUUACUGGCUCCUGGGACUACUCCUACAUUGCAACUUCCUGCCUUGGACGUGACCUGAAGUCUCGAGGGACAGGCUGAAACCUGGAAGCUGACUUAACCUAGGGUCUGAAAGUUAAAAGACACACUGGGGCUUCCUGUGCUGCCCUGGGAUCAGUUCUCUGUCCAUUGGAACUUUUUCAAAUCACCCUGAUCUUUGGAUGGUGGUUAGGAAUGGGAGAAGCAUGAGGCACUAGAGAGACCCUUCUGGGACAAGUUUUAGAAUAAUAACUAUCUUCACUAUAAGUGAAGAUAAUUUUAUUCCAAGUCUGUCUAAACUACCCCUGGAUCUGUCUAGUUAGUCUGCAUAAAUCUGCUCCUAACUCACAUAUACAUUUUAAUGUAAGUUAUUUAAAUGUAUGCUUGAUCAAAGGCUCUAGCAAACGGACUGGUCCACACAAGAUAGUGCAGGCUUAGACAAUGUGGUGCCAUUAGGAAAGUGGGACUAUCUUCUCUAAAUGGGAUAUUUCUGAAGAUUUUUUUCUUGUAUGAUAUGAAAAAAAUCUUACAAAGAUACUCUAAUUAAAUAAUUUUUAGUCAUAUAUGCAAUGAAUUAUAUUUUACAAAUAAUAGGGGUUUGGGCUAUAGCUCUUUUGUAGAGUACAUGAGACCCUGGGUUUGAUUCCCCAACAUCAAAUAAUAAAUACAUAAAUAAAAUCACUUGGAAAAAAUGUCAGGGUAAAAAUGUGUCAGGAAGCUGGGCAUGGUGGCACAUGCCUGUAAUCCUAGCUUUCUGGGAGGCUGAGGCAAGAGGAUCACAAAUUUGAGCCCAACCUGGGCAAUUUAGCAAGAUCCUGUCUUUUUUUUUUCUUUUUGAUACUUGGAAUUGAAUUCAGGACCUUGUGCUUGUCAGGGAGGCACAAGGUCCUGAGUUUGAUUCCUAGUGCCAAAAACUGGCAGGAGCCCUAGAUUCUAGUUGUCUUAAUACAACCCCAGCUCUGUGACCUUGGGCAAGUUUCAGAACCUCUGUUACAGCCUCUGAAAUGAGGGUAGAUGCUAUGCUGUCAUUGUAGGUCCUUUUCAGCUCUAAGAUCUUGAGGGGUGCCUUAAACAACAGAAUUGCCCCAGUCUAACCACUUAUGUAGAUGCUCAAAUGUAACUUUACAAGAAAGUAUCUCCGUUUCUCCUGCUUUCAGUCUAGAAGAAAGUACUCCACCCUUGGGUGCAACUCUGAGAACUAACUGCGGUGAUCUUUUCUUUGAACAAGGGAAAACAGUGACACCUGGCAAAUAAGUCUUGUCCUGCAUAAAGUAACCGGCAGCAAUUGGUUUUCCUGCCAUUCUCAAAUGCCUGUGCUUGCUUACUUGGUAGACUUGGGUCGGAGGAGCAAACACAGCAGCCUGAAAGACUAAAUUGUAGGCAAGUCCCAAGAUUGAGAUGGCAUCUCCCCUGCUUUUAGUUACGUGCCUAUCACUAACGGUAGUAAGAUCACUGACCCUGCGGAGCAGUUUUUGCCCAUUCCUUGAGCCAGGUAUGAGUUUGGCUCUGUUUCAUCAUCCCUCUUAUUCCCUAUUUGAGCCAAAAAUUCCAAUAAGCAAAAACUCUUCAAAACAGAUGGGUAAUCAGCAGCUUCUGGAGAGCCCUGAGAGUUGGAAUUUGGACAUACUCCCUCUGACCGUGACAGAAGGUUAAACUUGCCAGCUGAAGGGAAGCUCCUGGAUGAGGCCCAACACCCUCUGUGGGAGCCUCUGGCCAGCCUGGCCAAUAAGCAUUCCCACUCAUCGGCAUAGCACUAACACAGCCGAGCAUUUGGUCUGGAGUCAAAUGCUUCUGAAAAUGUACACACAAAUCAGGGCAGUCCUCUGCCUUCUGCCAAGACACCAAGUGCCCUCCUUGGCAAAAGAUGAUCACCCCUGUCCUAAUGUCUUUCCAGCUGGCAAAAACUCACUCUCCUCACCAACAGCUGCAAAUCCAGGGACUUUCACCCUGUGUGCAGGAGGAGUUGGGGUCCUGUUUCAAUCCUUUAUUGCCCAUCUCACAGCACUGGGUCCUUUGCUCUUGGCUUCUCUUUGCCUGCUUUUAGGGGAUAGUCAAGAUUGAUUGUUCCUUUCCUAGAAGAUGUGACUCCAACUCCAGAAGUCUCAGUGUAACUGUCACACUGGAUCUCAUCACUCCCAGAAACCAUAUUCCUGAAGACUCUAGGUAGGUAGACACACUUGGAAUGACCUGGAGAAGGACAGGGUUCUCUCUAACCUUGGAAAGAGGUCUAGUUGCUACUCUGUGAGGAUCUAAGGAAUGGGCUGAUUUUAUGGCCAGCAGCUGUCCUUUUACCAUCCUAUUAACAGUCUUUAAUAGUCUGGAAGAGGAACAUGAAAAGCCCAAGACAGGAAGCUUCCUGUUUACCCUGAGGUCUAACAAUACCACAGCUAGGUUGGGUGUCUACGAUUUCAGAGAAAAGUCAUUUCCUUCUGAGACCCUGCUAAAACAAAAACCAGACCAGCUUGGGCUUUGUGUACCUACUAGUAGAUGCUUUUUUGUUCUUUAAUGAAGAUGGGCGGAGAGGGAGUGUUUGACAUGUCUUUACCAGUACCCCUGGGGUGGGGGAAGUUAUUCCUUUUUUUUUUAACAGACUGACUCACCUUCACCAAAAAAUAUAUACAGGAUUAAAAAAUUGGAA